UCAGAGCGCGGAAGUGAAGAGAAACUUUCGCAUGAAUCUCUGCAAGAGAGCGAGCGACUCUUCCCGCGUUUGACUGUGGAUGAUGAUGAUGAUGGUGAUGAUGACACGGAUCCGUUAGUGUGUCUGAGCCUGAGGAAAUACUGAGUUGUUUUGUGAGGCUUUAUUUCAGGUCUGAUAAUGGGGUUGCCGACUCUAGAGUUCAGUGACUCUUUUGUGGACAGUCCGGACUUUAGAGAGAGACUUAAAUGUCACGAGAUCGAGCUGGACCGAACCAACAAGUUCAUCAAAGAACUGAUUAAAGAUGGACACCAGCUUAUCUGCGCGCUCAAGAACCUCUCAGCAGCCGUGCAGAAGUUCUCCCAGUCUUUACAGGAGUUCCAGUUUGAGUGCAUUGGUGAUGCAGAAACGGAUGAUGAGGUGAACAUUGCUCAGUCCUUCAAAGAGUUUUCCCAGCUGCUAAACACCAUGGAAGAGGAGAGAAGGCGCCUGAUACAGAAUGCCGACGAUGUUCUGAUCACACCCUUGGAGAGAUUCCGGAAGGAGCAGAUUGGAGCAGCCAAAGAGGGAAAGAAGAAAUUUGACAAGGAGACGGAAAAGUACUAUUCCACACUGGAAAAACAUCUCAACCUGUCAUCCAGGAAAAAGGAAUCGGCUCUCCAAGAGGCUGACGCUCAGAUUGAUAAGGAAAGGCAGCUCUUUUAUGACGCCUCGCUAGAAUACGUCUUCAAAAUCCAGGAGGUUCAAGAGAAGAAGAAAUUUGAAUUUGUUGAGCCGCUCUUGGCCUUCCUACAGGGUCUGUUCACAUUCUACCAUGAGGGUUAUGAGCUCGCCCAUGAAUUCGAGCCCUACAAACAACAGCUACAGUUUAACCUGCAGAAUACAAGAAACAACUUUUUGAGCACCAAGCAGGAAGUAGAAAUGCUGAUGAAGAGAGUACGAUCUGCUGAUCAAGACCAGAAGCCCCCGGGCCAGUGGACUAUGGAGGGAUACCUCUAUGUCCAGGAGAAACGGCCUUUGGGCUGCACAUGGACACGGCAUUAUUGCACAUAUGAGAAAGUUAGUAAGACCUUCAGCAUGUGCAACACAGAGGCGAAGCCCACAGCUAAACAGAAUGGUGUCAUGUCAAAUCCCCCAGAGAAGUUCAGACUGAAGUCCUGUAUUAGGAGGAAGACUGACUCGAUUGAUAAACGCUUCUGUUUUGAUAUCGAGGUUGUUGAAAGAAAUACCAUCUAUCGUGGAUCUCUUUUCAGACCACUGCAAUUUUUCUGUAAAGCCCGGCAUGGCAUCAUCACGCUACAAGCGCUGUCGGAGUCCAACAGGAGACUCUGGCUGGAAGCUAUGGAUGGCAAAGAGCCGAUCUACAAUCUCCCUGCUAUUAUGAGCAAGAAAGAGGAGACAUAUUUAAAUGAGGCUGGCUUUAAUUUUGUGAGGAACUGUAUACAGCUGGUGGAGAUGAGAGCAGGGCUCAACACUAUGGGUUUGUACAGAGUCGGUGGAAUAAACUCCAAAGUGCAGAAGCUCAUGAUCACAGUCUUCUCACCCAAAGCAGCAUCAGAUAUGGAUCUGGACCCAGACACAUGGGACAACAAGACUAUCACCAGCGGCCUCAAGAAUUACCUCAGGUGUCUGUCUGAGCCGCUCAUGACAUACAAGCUCCACUCUGACUUCCUCAUGGCUGUCAAAUCUGAUGAUCAGAACUACAGAGUGUGUGCAGUUCACGCGCUGGUGCAUAAACUACCUGACAAAAACAAAGAGAUGUUGGAGAUAUUAAUCAAACACCUACUCAAUGUGUCCGCUCACAGUGAGAGUAACAUGAUGACGGUGUCCAAUCUGGGAGUGAUCUUCGGCCCUACGCUCAUGCGCUCACAAGAGGAAACUGUUGCUGCCAUGAUGAACAUCAAAUUUCAAAACAUUGUGGUAGAAAUUCUCAUCGAAAAUUUUGAAAAGAUAUUUCAUCAAGCGCCGGACACUAAUGUUCCCCUGCCGCAGCCUCAGUCUCAGGCAGGGUCUCGCAGGAGCAGAGCCAUCUGCCUCUCAUCUGGACCUCGCAAACCCAAGAGCCUCUACACACCCUCACUGUGCCUGGCUGACCCGGACAGUGAGUCUUACACUGCCAGCGAUACGUUCAGCAGUAGUUCAGGCAGCACUCCAAUCGGCAGCAUGGACUCCCUCUCCUCACACUCCUCAGAGCAGAACAGCUCCUCCAAAACCUGCUCCUCUCCACAGCCCAAAGACAAGCCCCCGUUCCCCGGCCUGCGGCAGACCCCCACCUGCACCAGCAGUCCCGACUCCAGCUCCAGAGAGGACGCUGCACGUGUGGAAUGGGACUCCUGUGGUGUGAACUCAGCUGCCAGAUCUUCACCAGCACCAGCAAAGGCUCCUCACUCAGUAGGAAUCAGAUCCGCGCAGCUUAACCGCUCCAACGCCCCAUCUCUAAGAUCUUUACAUAUCACAGAAGGUCAUAAGAGCUAUGUGGGGUCUGUACAGAGUCUAGUGUGUUUGGAUCAUAAAGACGGUGCCAGAUCCGCCACAUACCUCGAUCUGCCUCCUAAAACAAUCCUACGGCGAAAGCUGGACAACAGCAGCUCUACGAACGGCUAUCAGAGACCAGGAUCAGUGGUGGCUGCCAGAGCACUGCUUUUUGAGAACCCAUCAGCCGGAAAACCUCCCCUCUUGGGAAGAGAUGCCAAAGCCAUAUAUUCCUGUGAAGCCGAACACAGCAAUGAGCUGAGUUUCCCACAGGGGGCUCACUUUUCCAACGUGUAUUCUUCAGUGGAACCAGGCUGGCUCCAGGCAACGUUUGAGGGCAAAACAGGACUCAUUCCUGAAAACUAUGUGGUGUUCCUCUGACAGCAUCCAACCAGGAGAGAGAGGCCAAGCAUUUCAUGGUAUCCAUGGUAACAUGAAUUUUAGUGCAAGAGCUUAAAGUAUAUAUCAAGCAUUAAAUGAUUUGUAAGUGAA